AUGGCCAGAACAAACUCGUUCAGUGACAGUCAAACAACACCUUCCACUGGAUCUUCAGCCCAGAUUCGGAAAGUUUUAAUUUCUGGUGCCGGGGUCAGUGGGCCAGUGAUAGCUUUCUGGUUGGCCAAGGCCGGAAUCCAAGUGACCGUUCUCGAGCGCUCGGAAAAUGUUCGCCAGGGAGGACACCUAAUCAGUCUCGCGGAACCAGGAGUCGAAGUACUGGAACUCAUGGGACUUCUUGAGCCAGCUCAAGAGCGCAUGACCAACCAAGUCGGUAUCAAAUUUUUCAACAAUAGCAAUCAACUCCGCGCAAAGUUCCCUCUAGGUCAACACGGGUUCAACUUUACCAGCCAGGUUGAAAUCAUUCGUGCCCAACUAGCCGAACUCCUCUAUGACGCCUCCUUAUCCGACAACGUUGAAUACAUAUUUGGAGAUGCGAUUGACACUAUCGAUGAAUCUGAAGAUUCAAUCCGAGUCACUUUACAGAACGAUAAAUCAAGAAUCAUGGAGUACGACAUCCUCAUCGUAGCUGAAGGCACAUACUCAAAAACCCGCUCAAAAGUGUUCAAAGAGGAAAUAGGGGCCCCUCUGAAGCUCUCUGACGAAUGGCUAGGCCUUUUCUCCUACGAGGCUAAAACUGAUGAGCCUAUGGAUCCAUGGGGUCACUGGUACCACAUUCCAAAUUGUCCCUCAGUGGUUAUCCGUCCAGAUGGGCAUGGUAAAAUGAGGGUGAUGGUUCUUGGCAUGUGGUCUGGAGAGAUGACAGAAACGCUGACCACUUCCCAAAUCUCAGAAGAGACCAAGAAGGAAUACCUAAUCAAUUUGUACCAGGGAACGGGAUGGCAAUCGGAAAAGAUCAUCGAGGCAAUCAAGGCCGCAGAUGACUUAUAUUUCCAACGAAUGGUCCAAACAAAAUGUAAAACUUGGUCGAAAGGAAGAGUGGUCUUGGUCGGCGAUUCCGGCUAUUGUCCAUCCGCUCUGACCGGGAUGGGCACGACAGUUGGACUCGUGGGCGCAUACGUUCUGGCAGGUAAGAUUGUGGAGCACCGAACCGAUCACAAGGCCGCCUUCAGAGCUUAUGAAGAACUGCUGAGGGGCCCAAUGGAUGCAGUCCACAUCUUACCUCCCGGCUACCCGUGGAUCGGAUGUCCAGAGAGCUCCACGGGAAUCUUCCUUCUCCAUUUAUUCCUCCAAGUGACCGGGUAUAUUCAAUCUAGUAGACCGUUCAAUUUUUUCUGUUGGUUAAGAGACAAGCUCACAACACCCGGCUCUCUCGAACUCCCCGACCCUGAAAUCUUUGUCGACACUCCAACAUCCACCGUUAGCCCAACCAACUGA